GCGCGGCGAGGCGCCCACUACUUUGGCGUUCCCGCGAAACGUCGAUUCACAAGCGCCGAGGCAGUACGCUGUGCGGUAGGAUCGUGUGCGGGUUUAUGACCUCGUAGUCCUACGCGAUUGUCCCCGGCGUGCUAAUUUCACGUGUGUGCAGACGUGGUCACAAGUACUGUACGUUUUCCGUCCUGACGCGAGUCCAGUGUGAAAUCCGUGGCGAAAACGACGACACGAGACCAGCAGGAAAUACACAGAUGUGCAGCACGACGCGCAGCUGCACGGCUUCGGCGGGCUUUUGCACCUUCCGUUUACCGCGCACGACCCUUUGAAGUCAACGUGAACCGUCCCAGCACCAGGACCUGCCUCUGGCUGUUCGGCCAAUGUGGAUUACUGCAUUUUAAGGGUAAUUUCACCCGAACGAACUGGUCACGCAAGCAGCACCCGAACGGAGAGACGCCGAUCGUGGAGUAGCUUUCAGGCGGGCAGAAAAAUCAGAAUUUACAUGCGGAGAGGAAAGUAUUCCGGUGCCGAGGCAUUGUGGCAAUAUCGUGUACGAAAUGUGUAACGAAAAUGUCCAAAAUCUGCCCCUUUUUUGAGGUUAUGCGGUACAUAUAGAGGGCGUCGUAUACGUGCAGGGGUUGGUCGUCGUUUCGCGCGCUGCUCUCCCGCGCUCUUAAGAUUCACGUCCUCUAUUUUCGUUAAAAUAUUGUUAAUUCCCGGCUUGGGCAUACCGCAAAAUAGCUUUAAAAAAAGCCGAAUAAAUUUUCCGACCAUCAAAAUUUACGGUGGACAAAAAUCGUGAGUCGAUAUAUCGAAUCAAAGGCUGCCAAGUGGACAUGCAUUAUGGCGAUUGUGUGUUGGUAGGUUUCGCGCGCUCCUCCACUUUUCAGGAUUUUCCUAGGAAAAUCAUUGUGCCUAGAUCGAGAAAAUCAAGCGUACGCUCGAUCUAAGAGUCCCUCCUAUCACGGACAUAUAGAAAAAAAUUAUUCUGACGGCAAAUAUUUUUCGUACACGUCGACAAUCUCGCAGCAAGAUGCCACAGACCAGUUUACAGGAAAAGAAGUCACAAAUUUACUUGCAAGGAGGCAAGGCACUAUCUUUAAAGCGCAAAAGGCGUGCAACAGAGCUCUCAGAGGAUUCAGAAAACAUUUAUCCACCCACUAAAGUGCCAGUGCUGUCUCACUCCUCAUAUACUGAAUCUUGUCUCACUACACACUCGGUGGACACUACAUGCACUCUUCAACAUCAGACGUCUCCACUGAAGGAACAGCAAGAGCCAGCAACAUGGUCCGAAUUAAGAACUGCCACUUGUUUCCUAACACCAUCAGCCUCUAAUAGCACAUCUAGCAGACCUAGUCCAUUGCCAUCUUUUCCAUGGGCAGAUGGCUCCCAAGUAUGGUCCCUUAUGUGUCUUGGAGAUCAGAAAACUCUAAUUCAGAGGGAUCCAGAAAUGUUCCAAAGGCAUCCAACAUUGCAGCCACAGAUGAGAGCAAUUUUAUUGGAUUGGUUAAUUGAAGUUUGUGAAGUAUAUAAACUACAUAGAGAAACUUAUUACUUGGCUAUGGACUAUAUAGACAGAUAUCUGUCUAUUCAUCAUGAUGUACCUAAAAAUCAGUUGCAACUCAUAGGAAUAACAUGUCUUUUUAUUGCUUCUAAGGUUGAAGAAAUAUAUCCACCCAAAAUCGCAGAAUUUGCAUAUGUCACUGAUGGAGCCUGCACAGAAGAAGAAAUUUUAGGGAAGGAGUUAGUAAUUUUGAAAGGACUUGGUUGGAAUUUAUCUCCCAUAACUGCUCCAGGGUGGCUCAAUAUUUAUAUGCAGAUCGAAUCGGGCGAUUCAUCCAGACCAAAUGCUUUUAUAUAUCCACAAUAUGGUGGACUGCAAUAUUCUCAAGCAGCUCAGCUAUUGGACUUGGCGACUUUGGACAAGGGUUGCUUAAAGUUUCCUUACAGCCACAUAGCUGCUGCGGCAAUUUAUCAUACUCAAGGAAGGGAAUGCGCAUUAAGGGUAUCACGAUUGUCAUGGGAACAACUCGCUCCUUGUGCCAAAUGGCUCACAGCGUUUGCUACUACCGUCGCGGAAGAGGAAUCCCAGUCUCUCUUAAGGUCUACAAUCAUGCCUGUGGAAUCGCACUCUGGAUCCGGACUGAAGGCCACCGUACCUAAUAUCGUCGUGGACGAAUCGCAUCGCAUACAGACACACGUGGUCGACUUGAAAAUGCUGGAAAAGGCGCAGCGAUUAGCCGAAGGAAUUUCAACCGGCUAUGCGAACGAUUCGGACGUAAUUGUCGAAUCUGGUAGACAAAGCCCGAACGAGAGCGGUCUUUUAACUCCACCGUCUAGUAGUCAGAAAAGUUCUCCGGUUUCGCCGUGUCCUACACCGCAGUGUUCCACACCGCAGUUACAUCCUUAUACAUAAUUAAAUAUUUGCAAGUACUUUAUAUUACAUACGAUGAAUUCAUAUAUUUACUACGUACGCACGCAAUGAGAAUUUCACUGAGCAUUUCCGACGAUUCAUAUAGAAAAGAAUUAUUAAAUGCUUUAAAGAAGCAUUUUGAAAACUAUCGCAUACAUGCGGAAAUACUGAUGACAUUGGAUAUCGUGUGACAUGUUAUUGUAAAUAAUAUGAUGCUUCCUAACAUUCGUUGUUGCGAAUAAUUGGAUUAGAGAUACUUGCCUUUCGAGUCGGAUUUAGUAACAACAAGCAUUAUAAAAUGUCAAGCAUUUUUUUCAGACAUACGUAAAGUAACGCGGAAUUAAUACAAUAUUAGUUAUUUUAUUCACGAACGGUUGAAAAAGUGCCUUUUGUCAAAGCAUUUACAAAAUAAUAUGCCUGUCAAAGUAUUUAUAAAAUGUCUUAAAUAUGAGCCAUAUACAUGGCUAUUCUCUGUGAUUGUACUCACUGCACUAAAGUUCACGUCCUACAUCGGAUUGAGUCAUAAAUAAUUUUUAAUAAUUAUUUUUCUUAGGUAAGUUUUUGCUACUGCGGUUAAAGUGUUUAUGAUUCAACCCGAUAUUAACACAUUUAGAUUCAACUUGUCUUUAUUACUUUAUAAACAUAUAUAUAACGAAACACAGAAAGAUGGUGCCUGCAAAAAGUGACCUUAAAUAAUUAUUUCUACCUGAUUUUGAAAGAAAGAUAAAAUAUUGUGAAUAGUAUUCUUUUAUACAAUUUGCUUUAUGGCAGCGCGUAUUGAGCCGGGGAUGUAUUUUUAUGUAUAUGUAUAUUAUGAAAUUCUAUUAAAAAGUCUUCUCUAUUCUUAACUCAAGAGUAAAUGGUGAGGGAUGAAUGAAGGAGUGAAGUGUGACAAGAACAAAAAAAAAGACUAAUAAUCUUUAAUGAGUAAGCAUUAAAAUUUUGUGGUGAAUCGCACUGCCUUGCAUGUAGCAAUGUGCCGGUUUAUACAUAUUUGUAUGAAGACUUUGACAAUAAAAAUAUUUGCAGACUUA